AUGGCGCCUCACAAAGUCAACUUCAUCACCGGCAACGCCAACAAGUUGACCGAAGUCAAGGCCAUUCUUGAGCCUGAGAUCGAGGUCCUCAGCCAGCCCGUAGACCUCGAGGAGGUGCAAGGCACACUUGAGGGGGUUACUGAGUACAAGUGCCGUAAAGCGGCCGAAUUGGUGAAAGGCCCAGUCCUGGUUGAGGAUACAGCGCUCUGCUACAAUGCCCUCAAUGGCCUUCCUGGUGUCUACAUGCAAGUUGAAAUCGCUUGGUUCAUGACUUCAAUCGGUCACCAAGGUCUGAACAACCUACUGGCUGCUUACGAUGACAAGUCUGCUGAAGCCGUCUGCACUUUCGGAUACUGCGCCGGACCUGGAGAGGAGGUCAUCAUCUUCCAAGGUCGAUGCCCAGGCAAGAUUGUGCUUCCUCGAGGACCUCCCGCUUUCGGAUGGGAUGCCAUCUUCGAGUACGAAGGCCAGACCUUUGCCGAGAUGGACAAGGUAGAGAAGAACAAGAUCUCUCAUCGAAGCCGCGCGCUGGCCAAGCUUCAGGCUUGGUUCAAGGACCAGCAGUAA